AUGGUAGAGCUGGCCCUGUUCGAUGGCGGAAUAAACUGCGUUGUUGUGAAGAUGAAAACACACAGGGCCACUGUGCACAAGUUCUUAUGGAUUUGUCGAGGGAAAUAUGUUGAGAAGAUGAUGUUCGAGAUUGAAGAGGAGAUUCUCGAUCCACUGGAACCACUGGAAUCGACAACACCAUCUACGACUGUGUCCGAGAAUCCAUUCCGUUUCGGUGACAGUCGUUCAGCAUCCACAAAUUCAUUAGUGAUCGAUAUCGCCGAGGAUCCCAUUUAUGUCCCGUCGCCUACAGCGGUGCAGAGGUCGCUAUGUCUGAACGCCACCAGCACUUUGGCCAUAGAUAUUGUGGAUUCGGAGGACGACCUUAGCCCCACAACUAACCAGAAGAAGCUUUGUCUGUGCGCUAGCAUGAACCCUACUGAGACCCAGGAGAAAGGGCAACGAUCUCGGAAGAGCAGCCAAAGUGUCAUGUUUCCUUACCAUACUCAUCCGGUCACUGAGGACUACGUUGUUUCGCAUGAGAUUAUUGGAAUUGGCGAGUCUGGAAAGGUGAUGGCCUGCUACAACAAGGACACCAACGAGAAAUUCGCUUUGAAAGUGCUUCGUGACGGUCCGAAGGCUCGUCGUGAGAUCGAUCUGCAUUACCUUACUAAUGCCCACGAGAAUAUCGUGACGAUCAUCGACAUCUACGAAAACACGUUCGACAACGUGAAAUGUCUUCUGAUGGUGGUGGAAUUUCUAGAAGGUGGCGAUCUGCUCAGCCAGUUCGAAAACCAGGGAAGCAAGCCGUAUUCAGAGGAAAAAGUGGGGAAAAUCAUACGUCAGAUUGGUUCGGCGGUGGAGUACUUGCAUGGCAUGAACAUUGCACAUCGAGAUAUCAAACUGGAAAAUAUUCUUUGCAGUUCUACGGGUGACAACUGCGUGUAUAAACUGGGAGACUACGGGUUUGCCAAACGCCCAGAACGUAACGUUCUUAUGGAAUCGCCGUGCUGUACGCCGUACUAUGCACCUCCUGAGGUGCUAUGUCGCGAACGGUAUGACAAAUCUUGCGACAUGUGGUCGCUGGGUGUGGCUAUGUAUAUACUACUAUGUGGGUAUCCGCCGUUCUACAGCAUGAAGGGCCUUGCCCUCUCGCCGGGUAUGCGAAAUCGAAUAGCGAAGGGAUACUACGCGUUUCCGCCGGAGGAAUGGGACCAAGUGUCUCAAUCCACCAAAGAUGAUAUUCGAUCACUGCUUCGCACGGAUCCAUCUGAGAGGAUGGAUAUCCACACACUGAUGGGCACACCUCUCGUGACGGGAGAAAAAGAGCCUGUCGGAAUUGCUAUUCCUGUCCUACACGAAGAGGAAACAGAUGAGAUUGCCGAGGAGCCGACGGUCGUGCCUCGCAGUGUUCGAUUCCUUCGAGAUGGCGUUAAGCCGCCACGAUUACACAGCAUUCAAGAGGAGGUAGGCCGAGCUCUGGAUAUGAUGCGACUUGGCGCCGACUCGAUCUUCCUCAAGAACCCGCAAACUUCAUGCAAUAAUCUUUUUGCACGACGUCGCACAGCUCACCUCAGCAUUCCUAGGGUCCAAUGUUGA